AUGCGUGUGACCCAUUGCGAUAGACGGGCCUCCGUGUUUGUUGUGGAGGAACUAGAGCCGUUCGAAGGAUGGGGGCAUGGUUCCUUUUGGGUUCGGCUUUCGGAGGGUACAUGUGAUUGUGGAUUAUUCCAGUCUCUCCACUUUUCGUGCUGGCACACACUUCCCGGAUGCGCCGCCACUAGCAUUGAGUGGGCCCCGUAUGUGCAUCCAGUCUACAAGCAGGAAGCUGUGUUCAAGGUGUACGAGAUGGAGUUUCCACCCAUUUCUGAUGAGUCACUGUGGGUUGAGUGGCAUGGGACGAUGCUACGUCCUAACCCAGCCAUGCGGCGAAAGGCGACCGAAAGAUCAGUGUCCAUCAGAUUCCAGAACGAUAUGGAUGACGUCGAAUGA